AUGAAAACAGGAAACCACAGCAAGGUUUUAGAGUUCCUCCUCUUGGGGCUCUCUGAGCAGCAGGAACAGCAGGAUUUCCUCUUUGGACUCUUUCUGACCAUCUACUUGUUCACGGUGGCAGGGAACAGUCUCAUCAUCCUGACAAUUGGCUCUGAGCCAUGCCUCCACACACCCAUGUACUUCUUCCUGGCCAACUUCUCCCUCACUGACUUGGGUUUAUCAUCUACCACAGUUCCCAGGAUGCUGACAAGCAUCCAGGCUCACAGUAACACCAUCCCCUAUGCUGGGUGCCUGUCUCAGAUCCAUUUCUUCCUGUGGUUCAUUGGCCUAGAUGUUUUCCUGCUGGCAGUGAUGGCUUAUGACAGACUCGUGGCCAUUUGUUAUCCUCUUCACUACGCCCUGGUCAUGAGUCCCCGAUGCUGCAUCCUGCUGGUGGUCAUGUCCCUCGUCCUUGCAUUUUCCUAUUCUCUCACCCACACCAUUCUCCUGGCUCAGUUAUCCUUCUGCAAGGACAAUGCCAUCCCUCACUUCUUCUGUGACCUUCUUCCCCUGUUAAAGCUGUCUUGUUCCAACACCUAUGCCAAUCAGUGCGUGCUGAUGUACUGGGGAGGCGCAUUGACCAUCUUGAUUCCUUUGCUGAUCCUUGUUUCCUACAUCCGCAUCGUGGCCGCCAUUGUGAAAGUCCCCUCAGCAAGUGGUAAAUGGAAGGCUUUCUCCACCUGUGGCUCCCACCUCUCCGCAGUCUGCCUGUUUUAUGUGUCUGCCAUUGGGGUUUACUUUAUUCCCUCUGCUUCCGAGUCGGUCAGCAAGGACAAGAUGGCAGCAGUGAUGUAUGCGGUGGUGACCCCCAUGCUGAACCCGUUCAUCUAUAGCCUGAGAAACAAAGACAUGAAGGACGCCUUGGGGAGAAUCCUGAGCAGGAGGGCACUGCAGUCUUCAUGA